UGAUGGUGAAAAAAUCGCGACGGUAUGUAAUUGGUAUAUGUCAAAAUACACACAUCAAAAGUCAAAACCAAAAACCUCAAUGCAAAAUAUUUACAUUAUCACAAUUGCAGUUUGCACAUAGCCACAUAGUUCUGUAUUUUUUUUAAAACGUUUAGGUUUUACUCAAUUGCCGUUUCAAACCAUGUCUACUUCUGCUAAUGAGUCUGUACCUGGAUUAAAACAGAAAAAAGUGUUUAAAAUAAUUGUAUUGGGUGAUUCGGGAGUAGGAAAAACAUGUUUAACUUUUCGCUUUUGUGAAGGACAGUUUUUAGAUAAAUCAGAGGCAACUAUUGGCGUAGAUUUUAGAGAAAGAACCAUAAAGAUACGAAAUGAAGAUAUUAAGCUACAAUUAUGGGAUACAGCUGGUCAAGAACGUUUUCGUAAAUCAAUGGUGCAGCAUUAUUACAGAAAUGUGCAUGCAGUUGUUAUUGUUUAUGAUAUCACCAAACCAGAAACAUUUCAUUCAAUAGCUAGUUGGAUGCAAGAGAUAGAAUCCCAUGGAUUGAUGGGUGCUCCACGAGUUCUGGUUGGUAACAAGUGUGACUGUGGUACUCCAGAAUCACGGCUUGCCACCACAUAUGCUCAGCGGUUGGCUGAUAAAUAUGGGAUGCCUCUUUUUGAGACAUCAGCACUAUUGGACUCUGAGUGUGAUAAUGUAGAGUCAAUAUUCAUGACAUUGGCACACAAAUUAUACUCUAAACAGCCACUGCGAGUAAUUAGUGUAGAAGGUGAGCUGGGACCACGUAGAGUGACUCUAUCAAGACAAAAGCGUCCAUUGCGAAACGAUACAUGUUUGUGUAGCUAGUGAGUGAAAGUCAAGGUAUUUAAGGUACUAAUAGGUUGGGGAAAAAAAUUCUUCACAUUUAAAAAAAAUAUUGUAACAUUAUUUAAUGUAGUUUAUUUACAUUUAACUAAAGUAUGUAGCUACCAUUUUGCCGUCUUGUAGGUAGGGACAUCAUCUCAUUGCUAUAGAAAUUAUGGGGCUUCUGAUCAAAAAACAGUUGGUUUUGGCAGUCCACUUUUGAUGUUAACCUGACACUGCCUAAAGAUAUCUGAAGAGACCGAAACAGAUGGAAAUCUGGCCAGGCCUAUACGGCGGAUGCAUUAACACCUCCCAGCCAAGCCAUAUUAAUUUUUGCUGAGUGGCUAAAGAUGUGUGAGGUCUAGCGUUAUCAUGAUGAAAAAGCACAUCCAUUCUGUUGAUUAAUUCCUGCCGCUUUCUCUCAACUUCUUGCUUUCAUCUCAUCAGUUGUUCACAGUAGAGUUCAGAAUCGAUGGUCCUGCCUGGUGGUAACAGCUCAUAGUGAAUAAUGCCCUUCCAAUCCCACCACACACGGUUUCGCCAUAGUCUGUGAAGCCUGACCGGCCUUUGACCACGACCUUUUUCGCACGUUCUUGUUGUACGUGAUCCACUUUUCAUCAACAGUUAUCAGCGUCUUCAAAAAUGGUUCGGUUACAUUACGUCGCAAUAAAGAAUCACAAAUGAGUACACGGUUCGUUAGGUUUCUUUUAGUGAGCUCGUAGCUGAGGUAUCCAAAUAUCGAGCGUUUUUGUGUACCCAGUUUUUUUCAAAUGUGCCAAAACUGUUUUGUGGUCAAGAGCGACGUGCAUCUUUGACAUCAAAAUUUCCGGAUGGAUUCUACUCUCACAGACAUUGAGAGACGAGGCCCAUAAACAAUUUUUUCGCGGCUUGCGUUGCAUUUCUACGCUUUUUGUAGUGAAAUUUUAAAAUGUAUAGAAUUUCUUCAUUAGAUUCAUAUUGACAGUACAAAAAUAAAAUAAAAAAACACGUUUUCCUAAUUGGAAUUUGGAAUUAUCUUCCUCAAAAUUUAAACUUUUAAUGAUACCAAAACUAGCCAGAUUCAAAUAGGCCAUAGACCAAAGAGAUUUUAUUACAAGUUCAUACAUAAUAUAAUGCGAAAAGACUUUUUUCCCAACAUAAUAUUAAUGUAUUAUUACUGUAAUAACUGGUUUGAUGGCAGUAUUAAUCUAUAAUGUAUUAAUUUACAGUAACAAGACAUUUGAUAAUGAUGAAUUUUAAAACAUGUUUUCACGGGUGAACUACUGUAAAUCUAAAAUUGCCAUGUUAUGGAAUAGUCUUGCCAAAUGUAUUUAUAAGAGUCAUGGAAACGGAGUUAAAUAUAAGUGACAGAGAUUAAUUGUAUAUUUUGUUAGUAUUUUCAGAGGCUAGAGAUUAUAAACAAUAAAGAUUAUUGUGCCAAAUUGGUAUAUAGUUCUUGUAUUUUAUUAAGUAUUCAUUGUGUGGAUGAUGGAAUAAUUCCAAUGUCAAUGAAAAGAAAGGCAGCUCUUUUCAAAUAUUUGUAAGUUUAAUGUAUUAUUAGCAUUUCUUAUAGUUAUGAGCUAUCUGUGUUGUUAUAUUUUUAAGUAAUUCCAUACUUUUUGUAAAAAUUUAGUAACUUAAUAGAAUCAAUGAUUUGCGAGGCAGCAGUGCUUGAGAAUUUAUUUAAAUAUAAUUAAGAAAUUAUCUGAUAUGCUUUUAUAUUAUUGCCGCCAAUUUUAUUUACGAUAAUUUUUCAGUAUACAGUGGAAUCUUGAUAACUCGAACCUUGUUAAAUCGAAAUCCUUAGUUAGUCGACAAAAAUUGCAAUUCAUUUCCGCUGAACCCCUAAUUACGCGGUAUCUCGAACUAUUUAGACUUUGUAACUCGAACAAAAUGUUAUUGCCCUACGAAGUAUUGAUGAUACAUUUUUAUACUAUAUAACUUGAAUUUCAAAACGGAGGCCCUGUAAGCCGUAGUUAGUAAAAUAUGAUGACGUAUGACAUGGAUGGAUGGACAUGGACAAUUCCCCGAAAUAAUAGCAAUAACAUCCAAAAUGAAUGUUCGAGUUCAGGGCUCCUUAUAUAUUGUUUGAUGAAUGAAUGAAUACAUUUAUAAAAACAUAUACACUACAAAACUUAAGUUGAAUUGUUACUCAAAUUCGACUCUACAUUCGAAAAAUAUACUUAGAAAUCGCGCUUGUAAGUCGAAAUCAUGUGUCGUUAGCUCGUUUUUUGCGUUCCCUUGACAUUCGAGUUAUCGAUAUCCAUUGUAUUUAAUAACCGCAUGGUAAUGAAAUUUUUUUUUAUUAAAAUUUUAUCAAAGUAUUCAAUAAAAAACCUCUUUUUGUGUAACCACCAAAGUAAGGUAACAGUGUAUUGCACAGAUGAUAAAACAACUGUCAUGUAAUAAUAUUUUUAGAAUAAAACAAAACCAAUACAAAAUCUUUAGCAAAUAAUAUUUUUGAUCUCUUCUAAUUCAUUUUAUAUGUUAGUUAUAAGACUAAUAGAAAUCACCUAAUAAAGUGUAUAUAUAUAUAUAUUUUAUAUUUAUUUUAUCAGGGUCAUGCCUGUCCCAAAGAAUUUGUCUAAAGCAGCAGUGCUAUAUCUUCCAGUUUUUGUUUAUUUAAUACUAAGGUAUACUUAUUGGAUUAACCGCAUUGGGUUUAAGAUUAGGCAAAAACUGUGCAAUUUAAAAAAGUAGGUUUAUUUAGUUAAUGAAUAUUUGGUUCAGUAAAGUUACUUAAAAUAUGUAAAUGU